CUUUGGGGGAGACGAGGGGAAACUACAACAGAGAGGAGGAAGGAAGACGCUUCAAGCAGAAAAGAGGAAGAUUUUCCAAACCUUUCACUCCAGAGCUUCACUUGUUCUUCCGUCUCAGAAGCCCAGCAGCUAAAAGCAGAGCUUCCACCUCUCUCUGAUAAGUUUAUCUUCAGCUUUCAGAGAAAAAGAAGAGGAAAAAAAAAAAAGAGUCUUUUGGUCCAUCAACGCCAGAACUAGCUUUCAACUUAAAGUGUGGGAGUGGAACUUCUCUGCUGCAACCUGCAUUAAAUGACGGCUUCCCUCUAUUUGGGGAGGUGGAGGAGGUGACCUGAAGAGGAAGCACCGGGAUCCCUGGGGCUCCUGGAGGAGGAGGGGGACACUUAACGCUGAGAAAGAGCAUCCUACCGGGCUCUUCACGUCCCCUCAGACGGAAGGACCCACUAUAGGAACAACCCCAACAGUAGUUCACCCUGAGGGAUUUAACAGAAGCAGCAUCCGGGACGCUCCAGCACAGCGCUGCAGAAUGGAUCUCCAACCAAUCAGAGGAAUAUCUGAUGUGCCGUGAGCCUUGGGAGCACUUCGCUUCAGCCCUGGCUUCCAGCCCUGCCUCUGUUCCACGGGAGCAGACCCACCUCCUUCCCUGAAAUGGAGAUGGACUCUGUUUUGUCGCUUGACCAGAUCCGUGCCAUCCGGGCCAACAAUGACUAUGUGGACCGACCUGUGGCGCUGGAACCGGCCUCUCAGUCUGGAUUUUUUUAUGCCCACGAGGACCGUUACCCUCAUGGAGUUUACCCCUAUUACCCCCAGCCGUCCUACCCAUCAGUGCUGUCCCGCAGCCAAAGUCAGCAGCAGCACGCCUACUUUCCCCACCUGAGCCGCUCCAGCACCGUAAGCUCCUCCAUGUCUCGGACCAGUGCCACCUCAGACCAGCGGCUCCUUGCCGGUUUGACGCCGUCUCACUCAGGUUCAGGUCCGGUGGUCCACGCUCAGCCUAAAGGGGAGCUGAAGCCUGGCGUGGGUAAAAGCCUGUCACGUGACGAAUUUGGACUUCACCAGUUUAUCUGUGAGGAGUGCGGUCGCUGUAAAUGCCAGGAGUGCUGCGCCCCUCGCCGCCUGCCCUCCUGUUGGGCCUGCGGGCAGCGGUGCUUGUGCUCUGCUGAGCGUGCCGUUGAGUAUGGCACGUGUCUGUGCUGCGUUAAAGGCUUAUUCUAUCACUGUUCUGCUCAGGACGAUGAGGACAACUGUGCAGACCGACCGUGCUCCUGCACCCCUGCCCACGCCUGCGCCCGAUGGAGCACAAUGGCGCUGCUGGCGCUCUGCCUGCCGUGUCUCUGUUGCUACCCGUCCGCCAGGCUGUGCCUUGCUUUGUGUCAGUGCGCCCAUGACCGGGCCACAAGGCCCGGCUGCAGGUGCAGCAACACCAACACUGUGUGCCGCAAGAUUUCCGCCUCUAAUCCUAACUCCCAUCACCCCUCGCUCCGCAGCAAAGCUCUGGAGAAGCCGUUAUGACAGACUUAGGGAAUCCUCUUCACUCCACUGUGGCCAAAGCCACACCCCUUAACGGUUGUAACGAACAAACCUCGUGACCCACAUACCUGUGUUUGACAAUCCAACCACGAAGUGUUGCCUUCCCAACAAACCUUGAAUUCUCCACCUCAGGAGGGACCAAAGCUUUACUGUGCCUGUUCACGUAGAAGAUUCUACAAAAGACUUUCCUGCAGAAGAUGGCACUGAAGAGCAACCUUAACCAAAAAGACCCCUCUGCAUUCUUUGCUCAAGUCAAUGCCUGACAGAAUCUAUUUAUUUAUUGUCGCUAAACCUUCUUCCUCCCCACCCAAAGAGUUCGCACAGAGAGGGGCGAUGGACCAAAUCAGGAAGGAAAGACGGAAGUGACGACGGUCGCUGCCAGUGCGUGCCUGUCCUGUCGAAGCACGAAAUCAGAGCAAGCGUGAGGACAGAAUGAUUAAAACUAGCAACAACUUUGAGGAGUGUUGCACUGAGCUCAACGCCUGACUGUGACUCCAAGCAUAAAGGGCAUAAAACAAACCAAACUUGUAUCAAAAAGAGACAGAAUGAACUUCGGAUGCAAGGCUCAUUUGUAAAGGAAAGUCACUGUCAUGUGGUGAACAAUGUUUUCUCUGCCACCUCCAGCUGCGUGGGUGAUUGUUUAACCAGAAUGGGGGAUGCAUCCAUUGUGAUGAGGCAGCGUGCGUGUUCUCCUACUGUACAACAACCUGUGUGUGUGUGUGUGUGUGUGUGUGUGAGAGUUUGUGUGGAUGUUGUUUUGUCAGCAAAAAGAAGCCUCCCUUGUCUUUAUUUUUAGCAGUGCUGCUUCAGUUGAGCUAGGAGGGCCCGGUCGGGUUUCCUCUCAAAGUCAGUCUGUCGCCAACAUGCCCCUCUGACUGACCUCCAUCCUCUUCCUCCUCCUCCUUCGUCCAAAGAAUCCACUUUUCUCAACAAAAUGAACAAGUUUCUCCUUGUUACAGACCAAUACUCUCCUUAGUCUAGGGUCACUUAAAUGUGGUGUAAACAACAACAACAACAAGAAAAAAUAUGUGAACAGGAAAACGUUGUUGCUCACCUUCAGACACUUUAAUCGAGAGAAAAAGUUUAAUCAGAAAAAGUACAGAAAUAGUAGUCAAAAUUCCUUUAAGUUGUAUUUUUUUUCCAAAGUAAAUAUCCAAAGCAUCCAUUUGCAUUCAGUGUUAACUGCUGCCACACCUACGACAUAAACAUCCAUGCAUUUUGCAAAGGGAUGUACCAAUUCUGCAGUUUCAUGACGACUGCAUUAAAUAUGUGCAACGUAUUAUGGUCUGAGUCUCUACAGUAGACGGCUGACAGGCAAGUCUUUAGUCUUUUCAAGUCGUAAGAGUGAUGCCUCAUUUUGACUUAGGAUGGUGCCUCAAUGAUACUUUGUCCUCAUCACAGAAUAUGAAGCUUAUUUUUGUCCUUUUCAUUUACUUUUCCAUACAAGGGCGCUUUGACAACCCUACCGUUUUUUAAAUGUCUCUCCAAGACUUAAGGUAAAGAGAAAAACGUAGAAAAUAAUCAAUAGUAAGAUUUACAAAAUGGCCUGUUGCUUUUGUUUUGAGGGCUUUGAGCCAAAACCAAUGCUUGAAAUGAUGUCAGAUGUUCAACCCCACCCAGUUAUCUGCCGCUGGUACCCACACCAGGUAAUCGGACCAAGGGCUCCAAAUGGCGCUUUGGCAGAAAAUAUGACAAAAAAAAAAAAACAACAACAACAUUUUUGUGCUUGUUCGUUUGUUUAAAUUUCUUUAACUACUAAAUCUGUGGAUAAUUCUUUUUUAUUUUUUUUAAGUAAUAGAAAACAUUUAGUUAUAGCAAAGUAUAUAGUCCAAAACAAAGGCUGACAUAAAGUUUUGCAGCCCCUUGUGCAUAUUAAGACCCAUCCUAAUAGGUACGCACUGAAAAAAAAAAAAACAAAGUUAAAAAAGCCAACACAAACAAACACACAGAAAAAAUGGACAGCAAAGAUAAUCCCAACAGCUCUGCAAGAACAAUGGGCUCCAUUCAAACAAUGAAUGCUCCGUCUUCAGCGGCACAGUUUAAAAUGAACAGAAAGUCCAACAUAAAUCUAUUUUAAUAGUAACAUGUGAAGUUUCAAUGCAGGCAAGCUUUGUUUCAUCUGGUGUCUAGUUCUACAUUUUUUUCAGAGCUUCACACAGAACAGCAUUCAUGAAAACAACAGCAACAAACAAACAAACAAAAAACAGUUUUCAGAUAGCUUAUGUAGCUUUAUAAAGGAGAUAUGAGAAAAAUAAUCUCCUAAAUUGUUCCUUAUUUUUCUCUUAAAGGUGGAUUUAUUGUGUUCAAACAUGAUUUGUGGAGAACAACUGCUGUAAUCUCUUUUUCAAGCCUUUUCUGAACCAACCGUUAAAAUGACAAUCCAACGGUGCUCCAGCUGCUAUUCCAAAGCAUCCAUACUGUAUCUUCCCUCUAACGCUCAGACGGCUAAAAGCCUGGACAUGCAGCUCCACUGAGGGUUGAUCAGAAAGGCAAUUAGCCCCAUGAUAGCUUCUAAUGGGCCGGAGAAGACUGGAGUGUGGGAGGGAGGACAGGAUGAGCUGUGGUGUUUCUCUGGCUGACGGAGAUUACAUAUGGGAGAGAAGGAUGGUCAGAGAGAGAAAAGAAAGGUGUUGGAGGAAGAGGAGGAAGAAGAUGUGGAUGAGACUGUGGAUGUUUGGGGGGGAAAAAAACAGAAGCAAAGCUGCUUCUUUCACUGGAACGCACUGUUUUCGUAGAGAGAGGAUCCUGAAAGGAGAAAAACAAUACAUACACAAUUUUGUGAGCCCUUUGUGAGUGUUUUAACUUCUUGAGAGAGUAUUUGAAUGGCUUGUUUGCACGCAUGAGUGAGAAUGUUCCGUAAGCACAGCCAUACCAAUUCUGUUAAAUGUUAGUUUGCUAUAUUUUUAUAUGUAAAUAUGGCUUGUACAAUGAUUUCAUUUCACUCUUUCUUUCCAUAUGAGUAAUAAUGAUUACAGAUCUUUUACAUUAAUCAUGAAGAUUUAACAUUUAAUUGUCAUGUUGUGACAUUUCCAGGAACAUUUUGGGCAACUCUGCACACAAACACUGAUUUCCCUUUGACAGAAUCAAUAUGCAAGCUCCUCAAACAGAAGGUUAAAAGGCACACCGCCCUGCUUGUCAAUGCUAGCAUGGUUAGAUAAAACGUUGCCCUGACUGUUCCUGUGCUCAUCACUUUCACAUAAAAUGUAUUUUUGUUUUAAGCCAUGCCUCACUAAUGCAGAAUUAUCUUAAAAAGUUUGAACAUUUUGGAAAAUGUUCACAUUUUAAUUUGAUCAUGUAUUGUUCUGUUGUGUCCUGCAUGUGGCUCUGAAAGAUCCUGCUUGAAAAAUUAGCACAAGAGCUUUCAUGUGAACCAGAUUGAACUGCAUUAGUGUGGACGAGGCCUUUUUCUGCUUGCAAUGACACAAAAAAAGCCACUGCUUUUUGUUUUACAGUCCAGUUUCACCUGCUUUUAAAUGUAUAUCUGCAAACUGAACUGACACAGAGGGAACCAAAAGCCUAACCCACAUCCAGGAAUUCUAACUUCACUGAAAUAUUCAGCUAGCUUACCAAAGAAUGUCUGACUGUUUUACGAGGCCAACCUUGUGCUUUCAAAUGUAAAUACAAGCAACAAUAGAAGAAGCAGAACAGAACAACCACCUCGUGCUUUGGUACAUUGUUUUUCUGUGUGCACAAACCCCUAAACACUUUUAACAUUCCUCCUGCCGGACCUGCACUCCUGUCAGAAAUCUAAUCCUGUCAAGCUGCCGGUGUAACCACUCCACUCCUCCUCUGGUGUCUUAGUAAGCAAUGCUCUUGGUACAGAUUGGCAUCUUGUUUGUUGUAAAACAAAAUAAUGAGAAUAUAUAUAUAAAAAAACUAAAUAUAUAUAAACAUACAAAUCUAUGUAUAAGAUAUAUUAUAUACAGAACAAUUUGCAUUUCUCACAUGCGUUUCAUUGCAGUUCUUGCUUCAUCAAUAUUUAUUUCAGUGGUUGCAACAAUAGUGGAAACACUGAUCAUGAGGUUAUUUAUUUUACACUGAAAAGUGGAGAUGAAGAGCACUAAUUUUGUCGUGUGUUUUUUCUUUCAUUUGUUCCUCUCAGUGUGGUGUGACUGCUGCUGCCCUCAAGGCUACAGACAAACCAAUAAAAACAAGUUUCCAAACACAA